AUGGUCUUUCGACCGGAAAAUAUUCCGAUACGAUUCUUCAAAGCAUGUCGAUGGUGUCGAAGACAAAAGAUGCGCUGUGAUGCGCGCGAUCAAGUCCCGUGUUUUCGCUGUAGAUCUGCUGGUCGUAAUUGUAUACUUGAUCCUAUUGAUUCUGAACCACGAAGGACUAGACGUCGGCAGAAAAGUGCGACUCCAGCACGGAGCCAGUUAGGAGGUUCGCCAUUGGACCAGCGAGCUGGAUUUCACACUCCGGGAUCUGCGGAACAGGAUUACUCUUCUCUCGUUACAACACGGGAUGCCGGUUUCAACUCUUCGAUUGAUUCACUGCCGAACUCGGUGGAUUUGAGUAGCCUGCAACGGCCUCAAACUGGAGAUCAGAGUGGGCCCAAGUCGCAGCAAUUAAGUCCCAAUGAGAUGAUUGCGCCGGUGUCUGCGGUGCAUUCCAUGUCUGUGAAUUUGCUGGGCUCGGACAAUAUUUUUAUGGAUUCCUCAUCGAAAGGCGAUUCGAAAGGUGAUAUCAUCGCGCGUGGCAUUGUCAGUGAGGAGAAUGCACGUGUUAUGUACGAACGAUUUGCUGGUGGGAGCAAAAAUUUCCUUCCCCUUUUCGAUCCAAUCAGGGAUACAUUCGACUCCAUCCGCUCACGCUCUCUGUUCUGUUUUACAGUAAUCAUCUACCUCGCCAGUCGCGCUGUAGCCGAUUUACGCAGUAAUACCCACUUGCAGCGAGUUCUGCAAGAUGAAGCACAUCGCUUAGCUGAGGACAGCUUUUUUGAACGACCUACAAAGCUAGAAACCGUUCAGGGAAUGAUUUUAUUAGCUGCUUACUCUGAAAAGACGUGGUUCUCAAUUGCACUCAUUCUACGCACUGCUUUGGACUCUGGACUGGAAAAGUCACUAGACACUCUGUUGUCUCAGGAGAAUGUACCUCGAAGCUCACUUUCGGCUACUAUGGCAGACCGUGAAUUAGUAUGGCAAACGAGAACUUGGCUAAUCAGUUUUACGUUGGAAUUGGACGUGGCCUCUGGUACUGGACGCAAAUCACGUAUUGCUGAAGUGGAUGUCACGAAACUUCGUGCAUUUCUUGAUUAUCCGCUUUCUCUACCGGCUGAUAUGCGUACAGUGAGUAUCAUAGAGUUGCAUCAAUUACGAGGCCAUUCUCGAGUGAUCAUCGAAAAAACACCAACAAUCUCUGAUAUCAUCUCCAGUGAGCUGCCAGCUAUCAUGUCAAGACUUCAGAACUGGUGGAUAACGUGGGAUGAGAUUCAUGAUCAAAACGGUUUCCAUGCAGGAGCAUUUCAACGCAGCAGCCUCAAACUCAUGCUUCACUACGCCAGGAUCUUUGUGUUUUGUAUUUCACUGGCACGCAUUCAGAGACUACAACCGACUUACGCCAACUCAAACCCGGAUACUAUGGACCAGAGCGUUAUGAAUUUAUGGCAAUCUCUUGUUACUACCAUCAUGGACCAAUUAGCGUAUCUCAUCAACGAGUCAUCAUAUCGGUAUCAAAUGACGUGGGCACCGACUUACCCAGCUUUAACAAUCGCUUUCGUUACGACGUUUGCUCUCCGAGUCGCGCGUUGGUGUCCCAGUCUCAUAGAUCAAUCACUUCUCCUCGAACGAGCGGAGAAAAUAUGCGACUUCCUAAGACAGCCACCGUAUCCAGAUAUCCACCGCACCGUGUCAAUCUUUGUAAAUUAUGCACGUGCCUUGAUCGCCAGUCAACGGCGCCAGGAAAAUCACGUAGACAUGCCCGAACAACAAGGCGAAGAUCGAUUAUCGCCUACUUCCUACGGCAGUACUAAUCUCAUAAUAAACGCUCCUCCAGUGGAAAUGGGCUCGAAUCCACAUGAUGACGAAGGUAAUAAUCGUGGGCCGACUAUGCAGAGCACUACUACCAACAAGGAGUCGAAUACGAUACCGACAUUGAGUAAUGAUACCCCCAGACCGCCUCUUUCUCGUCUACCGGAAAUGAUGGAGGUCCCUAAUUGGGCUACCAUGUCCAAUUCUAUUGCGGAUUCAUUUGGGCUUUUCGAGGAAGACCAGAAUGAUAUCUUUGACUUUUUGCAUACGAUGCCUUCCAUACCUCAGUAG